CCGAUCCCAAUACAAUAUUAGCAAUUAAAAGUGCUCUAACCGGAGUGCAAAAGUGCAAUUUGCCGUAAUCAAGCCGAUUAAUAUUGAAACGAAGCGGCUUGCAGUUGCGCGUGUUGCGCCCGCAAAAACCGAAGAACACCAUCACUACGGCGUGCUUAUCCGAAUCCGAAACGCUUCGAAAUGAACAACCAACUAAACCCGGCCACCUACCGCAAGUUUAACAAUCUGCUCAGCAGCGGAGCGGUCACUGUGACCGGUCCAAGCCAGCCGCGAAUCCUCAAGACGACGCGGUUAGUGGUACCCGGUGGAGGUUCCUCCGCUGGAGUUACCGGGGCCUCAUCCGGCGGCAUUGUCCAACAGCAGGCGGUCAGCGAUGCGGAUGCGGGUAGCCUAGGUGUUGGCGGUUUGGCCACGAGAUGCUACAUCUGCGAUGACCGCUGCGAGCCGCAGACUUCCUUAACCGACAUGAGCACAACCCACACGUCCACUAAGUUUCCCAACAAACUGGCCCAACUUGUGGGCGAGGGUUUCCUUGUUAUCGUCUGCGGUGAUGAUUACGUGUGUUCACGGUGUACCAACCUGGUGAAUUACUAUGACCGCCUGGAGAACGAUGUGGAGCGCGUCAAGACGAACCUCAUCAGUCUGCUGAAUAAGAAGUAUGCAAUUAAUGAGGACGCUGGCCUUGACGGCAGUCCUCCGCUUAAGAUGCAAAAAAUGGUUACUGGUGCAAAUCGUUCGCUUGAGGAGAGUUCUAGUGGCGAUUUACUGCGUCCACGGAAGGUUUUACAGGGAAACCCAGUGGGUCAGCAAAAACUCGCCCAAGGAACCACUCAGAGCACCGUUCAAGGCACUCAGACAGUCCAACGCAAGGCCACCAAGAUCUAUAAGUGCACAUCGUGCGACUACAAGACCUCGGACAUGCGGCUGUUCAAUACGCAUUUCGAGACCUGCAAGCAGCAGACCUUCCAGUGCAAGACCUGUCGAAAGAUCUUCCCGCACUUCGGGGCCAUGAAGCAGCACAUGGUGCGCGACCAUAACACAGCCAUGGACAAUACUUGUGCCAUGUGUCACAUUAACUUUGUCAAUGAGACCAGUCUGCGGAAGCACAUGGAGACGAAUCACGCCACUAAUGUACUGGUGACCAGUACCACCACUAUACCGGCAGCUGCUGCUCCGGUGGCUGCCGCUGCGGCCGCUGCUGCUGCCGCCGCCAAUGAGAAUCUUACCGUUGGAGCCUCGCUUUACACAUGCAACCAUUGUCAGUUUAAGUCCACGGAUAAGGGCGUCUUCGAUGAGCAUAUGCGCAAGCAUUCCGCUGGCAAACCUAAGCCUUUCAAGUGCCGUCUGUGCUCGCAGCGUUUCGAGACUCGUGAAGCUGCCACCGUGCAUGCCAAACAGCAUCAGACUAACUUCUUCAAAUGCGGGACGUGCUCGAUGACCUUCUCUAAGCGAGAGUUGCUUGUCAAGCACUUCGAAGUGCAUCAAAAUCCGACCACAGCGGCGGUAUCACCCAAGCAGCCGGUCAAUCAGAAUCUAAAUACCCAGAAGCUUCUCCAGGAGACAAUUGAUGAGGCGCUUAGCGACAGCGUGCCUGCUCAAGCUGCUGCAGCUACUGUGGUGGCCACUACUGAAGCGGAAAACAACAUUCGCUUCUUUUCGUGUAGCAUUUGCUCAUUGACCUUCAUCCAGGAGACGUACUACAACCACCACAUGGAGACCCACAGGCGUGACAAAAAGGGAGCUUCGGCCGGAGCCACAGCCUUAAAUUCGGCAGCCACUGCUUUAUUGAGUGACGAACCUGGAGAUGCAUCUGGAAAACCUGGAGACGAGGGCAGUGAGCAAAAUGCGGAGGCCGAUAUUGAGAGCCUGUUUGAGAAACUCCACUCCGAAAAGAACGAGAGUGGCGAGGCGCCUAAGCCGGGCAGCAAAGGCGGUAUGGUCAUAACCUCGCAGGAGGGCAGCGGUGGAAUAACCUUUAACAUUACGAUUCCGCAACCGGACGGUGACCAAUCGCAAAAGGAUUCACCCAAUGCCACAGCACCAGUUUCCGUUAGCAUGGACAUGCCAAAUCUGGAUCAAGCCGAAGACGAAUCCCAGUCUCAGGGUAGUAUCGACCCCAAGGGAGAAAGCGGCGAGGCCUCCUCCGCUGAUAGCAAAUCCAAUGCCGCCCCUGUGUCCAUGCCCAGUUUAGAUGAUGACAAUGAGGCUGCAGCUGCCGAAGCUGAGGCCGCAGAGGAAACCAAGGGAACCAGCAAAGCAGGCCAAGAUAAAUCCAAGGCCAAGACCGGGGAGAGUACCAAGGCGAAGGAGGUUGUUGCUGUAGAGGAACCACAGCCAUCAGACGAAGCAGAGGCCGCUUCAAAGCGUGAUGCUACUGAUACUCCAACAACCGAAUCGGAAGCCGUUGCAGCAGCCGCCGAAGGCGUAGAAUCUGGUGAAGGAGAGGUGACUGCCGGUACUGGAGCCGAGGCUGAGGCUGGAGAGGGUGCCGGUGGUGAGCAUGUGGCCAUGGAAUUGGACGAAGCCAUGCAGGCACAGGUUGAUGGUGGCCAGAUCAAGUUUAUUGUAAACGAAAACGGUCAUCUCCUCCAGCUGGACAAUCACAUCCUAACCGACGCCGAAGGCAAUCAGAUAAUUGUACAAGAUCCCGAGCAGAUCCAGCAGCUGCUGCAAAGCGUUGGAGUCUUGCAGUCGGGCGAAGGUCUCGAGGGCGAAACCCUUCAGAUGAUGACCGAUGGCAGUGGUCAGAUGGUGCUUGUCCAUGGUGACAACAAUGAGCAGCAGCUGAUCGAUGCCUCCCUUCUGAACUCCGAGGGGCAAUUGAUUAUCCAGCAAGGACAGGAUGGCGAAGAGGGAGCUCAUGUCAUAAGCGAGGAUGGCACACGUAUCCCAGUGUCCGUCUCGUACACAGAAGAUGGCCAGCCCAUCGUCCAGGUUCAACAGCAAGUCUUGGAGGCUGCUCAGCAGGCGGCUGCCAGUGCCUCCGGCAGUGCCGAUGAAAAGGAGGUAUCUGCCGCUUCGGCCGGUGAAGAAGUGCAAGUAUCAGAGGCAUCCAGUGCCACGGCAUCUACCACCGUUGUGGCCACCAGCACGGCAAGUAGCAGUGGUGGUGCCUCCGGUGGCAGUUUCUUUGCCCUGGAGGAGUUUACGGAGACGAAGGCCGACUAGGAUUGGCCCUAGGGGCGGGGAAGUGACCAUUAUACCAUACUGGCAUGCGAAGAGGACUGGUUUUAGUUGUGGGCGUGCUCAAGAUCUCUGGAGGACUUUUGCACACCCCGAAUUGCAACCAAUACACGGGACACACCCAAAACCGAAACCUAACUUGACAAACAACUGAACACGAAGACAGACAGAGAUAAACAAACACACACACAUGAACCUAUUCAAUAUAUAAUUACAUUUAGUAUAUGUAUUUUACACUCCAGUAAACUAAACAAUGGAUUUCUUAUUCACGAACCAAAAGUCAAAAGUAAUUUAAUCAAUCAAAUUGUUCAUUCGGUCCGUUUCGCACUCGGCUGCAAGGGAUCUCAAUCCAGAUCGCUCUGGCUGCCAAUUAAAAUCAUGUCUAGGUUUAGUAAUAGUAUAGCAAGAUGAAAGCGACAACAAAAAUUGUAUAAACAUAGAGUUUAUGUGAAAUACUUGGAUUAUGUUUAAAAAUAUGUAUUUACACGCAAACACAACAUUAACACUAAAUAAAAUCGAUUUAAAGACAAAAUGGAUAAUACUGGAGGAUCAGUAAUCGAUAAAAUUGUAAUAUUACCCACUCUGUUUAACCCCCCCAGUUCCAAGCCACACAGAAACAACAGAUACACGCCACAAAACACGCCCAGAAAUCUACAUAUACGAGUAUAUAUGUCAAGCAACUUGAAAUAUAUUAUUGUAAAGUAACGAA